CUGUAUCACAACCCACUUACCAACACCACUCUCUUCAAUGCCAUGGCUCUCUGCACCUUCACUCUCUUUCUCUUCUUUUCAUUGCUCUCCCUCUCUACCCAAGAAACCCAACACAAUACCUCUUCUCUUUCCUUCUCUUUCCCUCUCAGGUCUCUCCCUCGCUCUCCAAACACCUCUCCAUCGUUUUACUCGUCUUUUGUCUCGCAAACCAAGCAGAACCCACCAAUCAAAACUUUACCCUAUAACUACAGAUCGACCUUCAAGUAUUCGAUGGCCUUGAUUGUGUCUUUGCCUAUUGGGACUCCUCCUCAGACCCAGCAAAUGGUUUUGGACACUGGUAGCCAGCUCUCCUGGAUUCAGUGCCACAACAAGACUCCUAAAAAGCCUCCUCCUACGACGGCGUUUGAUCCUUCCCUCUCCUCUUCCUUCUCUGUUUUACCAUGCACUCAUCCUCUUUGCAAGCCUCGAAUCCCCGAUUUUACCCUUUCUACCUCUUGUGACCAGAACCGUUUAUGCCACUAUUCUUACUUCUACGCUGACGGUACCUAUGCUGAGGGCAGUCUCGUCAGCGAGAAAUUCACAUUUUCUAGUUCCCAAAGUACCCCUCCUCUGAUCCUGGGUUGUGCACAGGACGCCAGCGAUGACAAGGGUAUUUUGGGGAUGAAUCUUGGGCGGCGGUCAUUUGCUUCCCAAGCUAAAAUAUCCAAAUUCUCAUAUUGUGUGCCAACACGUCAAACUCGGCCCGGGUUGCCGUCAACUGGGUCAUUUUACCUGGGAGAAAAUCCAAAUUCGGGUGGGUUUCAAUACAUUAGCCUUUUGACUUUUACGCAAAGUCAGACGAGAUCACCAAACUUGGACCCCUUCGCAUACACCGUUCCAAUGCAAGGAAUAAGGAUUGGCAACACGAGAUUGAACAUCCCAGUGUCGGCUUUCCGGCCUGACCCGAGUGGUUCGGGUCAAACCAUGAUCGACUCAGGCUCCGAGUUUACUUACUUGGUGGACGCCGCUUAUAAUAAAGUGAGGGAAGAGAUUGUAAGACUGGCGGGGCCAAAAUUAAAGAAGAACUACGUGUACGGUGGAAUAUCAGACAUGUGUUUCGACGGCAGUGCGAUGGAGAUCGGACGGUUAAUAGGCAAUAUGGUGUUCGAAUUCGAGAAAGGAGUAGAAAUUGUGAUCGAUAAAGAGAGAGUUCUAGCUGAUGUUGGAGGCGGGGUCCACUGCGUAGGCAUUGGACGAUCAGAGAUGUUAAAUGCAGCGAGUAAUAUCGUAGGGAAUUUUCAUCAGCAGAAUCUAUGGGUGGAGUUUGAUUUAGCCAAUCGUAGAGUGGGAUUGGGUAAGGCCGAUUGUAGCAGAUCGGCGUAAGAAGCUCCAAAUUAAAUUUAAUAUAAAAGACUGUACCAAAAAAAAAAAUUCAGACGCGUUUGUGGUGGUAGAGAAGUAAUCCAACCACCCAUAUGAAACUAACAUGUUAGUGAUAGAGUGUAAGUUCACGGGAAUGGUAAUAGAUGUGUUGUAAGUUUUCAGAUUAGUGUAAAAAUAAUCUUGUUUGGUUGUA